AUGGCGUUGGCGGCCCGAGUUAUCCUACCCACAAACCCUCAAAGUGGACCGGAAGCAGGUACCAAUAACUGUAGCAUAGUGGCUGCGGACAACACCCACACGGACACUCCACAGGGAAAGCAACUCGACGAAGGGGUCUAUGGGGGGCCUAGUAAUGGGUCUCUGCUCGUGCUUAUACUGGGAUAUGUGAUG